AUUGCGGAUUAUCAUGCCCAGUUUUGCCCACCCUACUUACUUAGCCCAGUGACCCGUAACUUGUUUGAGUGAUGGGCCGCUAAAUCGGAACCUUUGCCAGCCCGCCGUUGGCUGACACUAUUCCAUAGCAGUUGGUUAGUUAGACAGAACUCGGAAGAAAUACUUCGUCGCAGCGAACCGCCACACCUCUUUGCUUUACCACGCAGCAAAAAAAAAUGGCGUCGAGGGUCGCAAUUCUGAGAAACAUCGUUGGCUCUAGCUGGUGCUGCACUUCGGGAUCCAGGCGUUGGGUACACAAUGUCGCUGCCGCCAUGACUCCGCCGUUGAGCAAUUUCCUUCACCAUCCGUCUCUUCCUCCGCCUCUGCUGUUUCCGUGGUCCCUUCCGAAUCCGAACAGGGAUGGCGAGUGGAGUAACCACGUGGGCAAAGAUGGCGAUUCGGGAGGGCUAGGGUUCCCGGGUUUCCCAGUUGGUGAAGCUAUGGAGCUAGCUGUUCCUAAGAGAAAGGUUUCUCCUCAUAAGAGAGGGAUCAGAAAUGGGCCAAAGGCUUUGAAGCCAACACCUGUGAUUAUUCGCUGCCGGGUUUGUGGCCGUGUAAAGCUGCCACACUUCUACUGUUGCAGUGGACACAAGGAGAAUGCAAACGAGAAGAAUGGCUGAAACAUUGGCCGAGUUUGUCUACCUAUGAAGCAACUUAAGGGAUUUGAAAAUCUCAGAGCUAGAGCUAAAAUCUUGUAGGCCUUUUUUCCCCCUUGUCAUCAUUAGAGCUCCUGCAGAGAUAUCGCUAAUGCAACUUGCUUGCUGGUGGUUGCGCUUCUUUUGUUCUGAUGCCUAGAAAUGCUGUACUUCCGAAUUUUCUAUCAAUAAGUUUCAUCACCCCCUUUUCAUGUUUACAGAUCCUUACCGAUUUUUUUUCUGAGACCAGCUUGCUUAGUCUUGUAGAAACUGAAGUGGUUUGAAGGUUAUAGUGUAUUAGUGCUUGGCACUUGGCAGAGAUUUGAUGCCUUGUUUACGCAACUAAUCGUUUGGAUGGGUUAAUUGUCAAUGUGGUAUUUGU